CAAACGAUCAAACAAGCGAUAACGAUUGUGGAUCCAAUGAUGAAUGUUUUAAUGAAGAAGAACGAGCAUACCAUCAGAUUCAGUUAAGAUUAAGGGAAAAUCUAAAACAAAAGUCAAAUGACAGUUCUGAUCAGUCAUCAUUAAAUAAUACUGAAGACGUAGAUAACGACAAUAUACUCAUUAAACAAAAAAAACUAAAAGAAGAAGCGAAAAUGGCUCUUGCCCUUAUUCAUCCAAUGGCUAAAAUGCAAGUUGAAAUUGAACGACGAGAAACAAAAAAGAAGAAAUCACCAAUAUUUGAUAUUAUUGGUAUUCAUAAUCAUAGUGAAAAGUCAUUUACUCAACGUAUGCUAGAAGAUAUGAAUAUAGGACAACUGCAAGUCAUUGUGAAUGAUCUUCACUGUCAAAUAGAAAGUUAG